CGUUGCUGCUGCAGCUGUUGUGGCGCACACAGUGAGCAGAGAGGUGCGCUCCUUCUGGGGGGACUAUGUCGAGUCUGGCCAAGGCUUUCUCACACUGAUCAGCGAUCACAGAGCUCAUUUCUUCUCGGCAAAAAAAACGGAAUGUUAUCACUCGCUCUCUCAACAAGGUCGGUUUCCACAGAGCAGUGAAGACACCGCUCAUUUACCAUGAGCUGUUUGGAUGUUAUGUACCCAGCCUAUGGACAUUACGCACCGUACGCACCGACUGCUUUUAUCAAUAGCUUACAGGCUCCCACUGCUCUGAGCAGCACUUCUCCUCUCUGCCGGGAUUUUAUGGACACUCCCAGGGGUCCCGAGGGGAUGUCUGGGGGCCCAGGCGCUGGAGGAUCAACUUCCUCUUCAUCUUCAUCCAACUCUUCCUCUUCCUCCUUCACGCCUGUGGCUUCACGGCAAGAGGAGGGCCCCAAGGAGAAGCAGGAGCCCCCUGAGGCAGAGUACCUGACUUCUCGCUGUGUUCUCUUCAGCUACUACCAGGGAGACAUCAGCAGCGUGGUGGACGAGCACUUCUCCAGGGCCCUCAGCUCCUACAUGGAUGGAGAGGGCAAACGGCGGGCAGCAGACCAACCAGGCACGGAUACUCCGUCGCCUAGCAGGAGUCGACGAAGCUUCCCCCCAUCCUUCUGGGAUAGUAACUACUCCCCGCCUCAGAGCCGCUCCCACUGUGAGACGGGUGCGCCUUCCUAUUCCAUGGACCCAUACGCCUCAACGUUACACCCAGGGCUGCCACACCCACACGCUCAUCCCCACCCACACGCUCAUCCUCACUCGCAUCAUCACCCACCAGAGAGCUGGGGAUACCCCCAGGCCCAAGCCUACGGCCACCCAAGGCCACUGCAUGAACUGUAUUCACCGUCAGCUUUGGACCCCCACUACGGGCCCCUGCUCAUGCCCACAGUGAGGCCGCCUCAUCCCCUUACCUUGCAAAGCCACUAUGAAGUGAGCAAGCUGGACCCCACUGCCUCCUGGCCCAGCCUGCUUCCACCAGGAGAACUCAGCCAGUCGCUGGCCCUCAACAUGGAUGCAGGCCUCCAGCAGCACAAGAAAGGCAAGGAGCUGUAUUGGUUCUAACGAGCCCCUCAGUCACAUUGACCAGCCAUUACCAGAUCCAAUUAGUCCCUGGACCUGCUCCGCUAUUGAAGCAGCGUGUCCCUUUAUCCCCCCACACACUCCAUCCCCGUCCAUCCACCCCCUUCUCUCUGCUCCUGGCGUCCCCUGCCAGUAUACAGCCUUGCUCCAGGUCGACGUGUGUGCACCAUGGAGAUAAAGCAGAGAGAGGCAGAGAGAGACCGAGUGGCUA